CUGACGUGAGGCCGGCGCCAAAGACGUAGAUUAAACAUGGCGACCAGCAGCAGGUGAAGUUUGUCUUCAUGAGAAAAAAUCUGUAAGUAAAUAAACAUUUAAAGAGAGAGAGAGACCAGAACCGGGCUGAUCCAGAACCCUCCGAGCCACCGGGUCAGGUGGACCCAGCAGAGUCCUGGUGCAGGUAAAUCCAGCAGAGUCCUGGUUCAGGUAGUCUGGGCUGCAGGUUCCAGUCCCUUUAUUUUGUGUCGUCUUUCAGAAAUGGAGAAGUCUUCACUCAGGUCCGCGGGGUUCAGGUCUGCAGAGUCCUCCAAGAGGACCAUAGAGGUCCACCGUGAUCUGGAUCACUUCUUCUAUCAGAACCAUGUGAGUCCAUUAAAGUCCAACAGUCUGAACCAGGACCCCUAACCUGGUCCUGAACCCUGUUCCUCUGACCCACAGGAGGACCAUGAAGAUCUACACAGAGACCUGCUGGACCACAGAGACCUGCAGACCCUAAUGGACCGGUGAGUCUCAGUAUUUACUCCAUAUUCACUGUACUGGACCAGAAAUAGGGGAGACCGGAGUCAGUUGAGCCAGAGAAAUUGAUCAUGUGACCAAAUCUUACGGAGAUGGUGGUCAGUUCAUGUGAAGGUUUGAAGUUCAGUUCAGUCGUCAGUUUGAUUAGAAAUAAAGAUUUUAAAUGAGUUUCAUUAAUCAAUCGAUGUUUCUCUGAGCUCCAACAUGAGGUCCAACAUGAGGUCCAACAUGAGGUCCAACAUGAGGUCCAACAUGAGGUCCUGACAGUCUUCAUGGUAGUUCAGGGGGAACAGAGGAAGUGAAGGAGGAUCAGAGUUUACAGAUCUGUGGAUGUUCUCAGUCACUGUUAACCCUUUAAUGCCUUUUCUGUCAUAUUUGAUUCAUACGUUUAUAAACUUCUAUCAAAUCAAUAUGAUCAAUAAAUUACUAAAAAACACACCUGAAUACAGUCGAUAAAUGAUCAAAAUGUCCUCUUGUAGUUUAUCAGUUUCCAAAAACAUCUAAAGUAUCAAACCAGAUCAAUAAAUAUAUUUGUUAAAUUUAAGGACAUUUAGAUUUUUUUUGUUUUCAGGAAGUUAAAAAAUAUUUCAGCUCCAAAUAAAAAGUGAAUUUUCUGGCUUUAAUUUGUGUUUUAAUGAAUUCUCAUGUUAACAUGUUUUUGUUUUGGUAACACUUUACUCGACGCCUUUCUCUAUAACUCAUUUAUAAAUAUAUAUAUAAUGUGUUAUAAUCACAUUAUAGAACCGUAUAUCUAUAAACACUAAUAAACGAUCAAUAUGCUUUAUAGCAAUAAUCAAACACAUUAUAAAGUAUUUUAUCAUGACUGUAAGGUCAGAUAUUAUCAUGUGUUUUAACUGUUAACGCCUCACUGAUAAUGAUUUAUACAUGUAUUAGUAACUAUCAUUGUAAACACUCAUUAAUGAUCAUUAGGCUUUAUAACAAUAAGUAUAACACAUAAUAACACCUGACCUUAGAGUCAUGAUGAUCAAAUACUUUAUAAUGUGUUUUAAUUAUCGUUAUAAAGCAUCAGGAUCAUUAAUGAGAGUUUACAGUCAGACAGGAGAACCCCAGAGACAGUCUGAACCUCCACCAGGUGAGUUCAGUUCCUGCUCUCAGCUCAUCAGUGAAAUCACCUGCUGGAGUUUUGGGUCGGAGAGAAAACCUGCAGCCUCUCGGCUCUCCAUGGUCAUGGUGGUCCACCCCUGGUCUGAACCUGCAGCAGCAGAACUAAGAGCUGCUCCACCUCUAAAGGAGAGGUGUCCGAUCGCCGAGAGCUCCACCUCCAAAACUACGACUUUGAAACGUCGGACAGUUUUUAACGAUCACUUUGAUUUGGACUUCCCUCCUUCCCUCCCUUCUCUUUCUCUCUCUCUCUCGCUCUCUCUCUCUCUCUCUCUCUCUCUCUCUCUCUCAGAGGCUCCUCCCAUGCCUGUCAGGUCUGUCAAAAGUCCGUUUGGGGUCACAUCUCCGGCCCCCCUCAGCUCAAAGCCCGGUUGAAGAGGUCUCUUGGAGGUGUGAGGUCUGGUCAUCCGUGCUCCUGUGAGAUGUUCGUUCACAUUCAGAGGAGAAACAACAAGUUGAAGAAGCAGCGGUGAGAGUUGGACUCGGGGUCACAAGGGGGCGGAACAUUUUGAUGAAACCGCAGUCCUACAACUUAACGUCAGUAAAACAAAAGACGAGUAGAUUUGAGACGAGCCCCUCAGCUCCACAGAACAGUCGAGGGUGAGGCUGUGGAGAUCUAGCUCUAAAUAUCUAGGCGCUGUGAUCGACAACAGCCUGAACUUUAAAUCUAAGACCAGCAACGACUUUUCUGUUGAUGAAAGCUCGCCAGAUCUCACAUCGAUAAGUCCCUGAAGUCGCUGCUUUAUUCUGCUUUUAUUGAAUCAGUCAGAUCUUUUUAUUCUCUGUUGCCACGGUAACCAGGGGACCAGAGAGAAAGAUGACCUGGACAGGACUGUGAAGGUGGCGAGUAAGAUGACAGGCGUGAAGCUCGCUAACCUGAAUCAUGUUUUUAACAAACGGGUUCUUCAGAACUCUGUGUCCGUCUGAGAGUGAGCGUCCUCUCCAGAUCAAAGUGUUUGAUUUCAAUAUCAAUAUUAUUAUUGAUUAUCAAUAUGAUCAAUAUUAUUAUUGAUAAUUAAAUUAUUAUUAUUAUUUUAUUAUUUAAUUUUGUCUGUUUUUGUUUUUUUUCCACAGGAUGAAAAAAAAAAGGAAGAAAGUCCGAAAAUUGAAUCAGGAUCUUCAGAGACGAGAGGAGGGGGAGGAGCUUCCUGGACGACCUGAAGAAAAGCAAAAACCGUCCAAAACGGUCAAGAAGAAAAAACCCAAACCAGCAAAGAACAGGAACCAGACCCAGGAAACCCAUCAGGACCAAAGCAAAACCAGAACCAAGACCAGAACCAAACAGAAGAAAGGGUCCGGUCUGCAGAGACCUCCUGAAGACGGUGGGAGGUCUUUGUCAGGAGGAGGUUCUCAGCAGAUCAGGUAUGAAGACGACAAUCCUGGAACCAGAGUCCCUGAUAGACCUUCAAGGAGACCAGACCACAUCCAAGGAGGACUGUCCGACCCCCCAGAACCCAGAACCGGGUCUGUAGGGGUCCAGAAUGAGUAUCAGAACCAGCAGCAGAGCAGAGCAGCAGAGGACGACUUCACCAGUGAUCAUCUCCCUCAGCAUGGAGCUCUGAUCUUUGGGUCCCCUGAGACCGGACCAGCAGGUCCAAGUUCAGCCAAACCCGCUUCAGACCCCGCCCCCAGACCAGGCGUGGAUGUCGGCGCCAUGCUGCGGCACAUCAGGAGAGCGCUGGGCGUGAAGGAGCCGUGGAGGGCAGAAGGUGGAGCUCAGAGGCGGAGCAGCUGCUCCAGGUUCCAGACUACCAAGAUCCCUGCAGCUGGACCAGAGGGGACGGCGGGGAGAGAAGUGACGCUGCGGUCUGAGAAGAACCCGGGGGUGUCAGGUGACUCAGAUCCAGCCAGGAGGAGAGAGACUGGGGCGAGCUCUGAGGGCCCGGUUUUGGUCCGCCAACACCCGGGCCGGACCACAUCCUCAGAACCAAAUCUGAACCUCAAGCCCAAGGUCCGGGUGGCCCACCAAGCAACAGAGAACCUGCUCCACGUAUCAGGGGCCCAGACCACCCAGAACUGGAGGGAGAAGUACGAGACCACGAGGAGGAAGAAACUGGAGCGGGUCAGAGCCGGUCCCAGGUGAGGACGGACCCUCCUUCAUCAGUUCUUCUUUUCUCUCCACCCUCUCUGUUCUGGACUUUGGUUCUGUUGCAGGUUUGGGAUCGAGUUUGUCAGCCGGACCGAGGGGAACCGCUCAACACGAGCGGAGGACCAGGACCCGCCUCUGUCAGAGGGUUUCCACUGGGACUCGUUCCCCGGCGGUUCUUCAGCUCCGGUCCAGAACUCGACAAGGACCCAAACAGAGACACAGCCGGACCCUCCGGUUCAGGAGCGGCCCACUGCAGCGGCGCAGGACCACGAUGACACGGUCCAAGUGGUUCUGGUGAAGGUGGAACCGGGUCCUGAAGGCGAGGAUGUGAGAGAGAGAAGCAGCGGUUCUGCCCAGAAGAGGAAGUCCGGCUCGGUCCUGGUGAGGCGUGUCUAUGAAAAUCAGCUGACUGAUGAAGUUCUGGAGUCUAGAUCAUCUUCAUCAUCACAUGAUGAGCGUCCAAUCAGAAACAAGAAGAAGAAGAGAGCGAGCUCCUCCACAGGUAACCCGCCUCUGACCUUUGACCUCCAGUAAAGUGCUGCAUUCAGUCAUCAUGUGGAAUUGUGGGUAAUGUAGGCACUAAGGUUUGACUGACUCUGGACUCUGUGUGAGAGUUGGUCAGAGCGGAGAUCUUUGGAGAACUUCAACCUCUGUUUCUUUUAUUUGUCCGUUGACUUUAAGGCGAACUAAACGAUCACCGAUCCUGAUUUUGAUCUGUUGAUGUCCGACUCUCUGAGCUGGAGGACCAGGAGGGAAACAAAAUAAGAACUAAUCCACUAAUCCUCUCUGAACUCAGAUCCUCCAGACUAGGGAACCCAAAAACUGACCGGACUUUAGAACCAGGAUGUUGUCCGGUCUGGUCUGAUGGGGACCAGUUCUUAAAGUGUGUCUUUGAUUCUGACCCGCAGACCAGGACCAGAUGGACCAGCUGCUAACUGUGUCUCUGAGGGAGGAGGAGCUGAACCACUGGUUACAGGAUCUGGAGGGGUCCCUGGUUCAGACUCACGGUGCCCUGCAGGCGGCCUACACCGAGGUCCAGAGACUGGCUCUACUGAAACAGCAGGUACUCACACAGACCCCCCUGAAGGUUCCUGAAGGGUUUCUGAGAUCCUGGUACUGAGUGAGUCCGCCUCCCUUUCAGUGGACCGCUGAAGUCGACCGUCUGAGAGCCGAGCGGAUCCAGAUCCUGCAGGAGAUGCAAAGUAUGAAGACCUGGACCUUAAAGUCCUUUUUUAUUUAAUUAAGUUUUAUUAUAAAUAUUUUUGAACAU